AUGGCUUUUAAGAAACAAGCAAGUAAUUGGUUACCAGUUCUCUUCAUAGUAUUUCAAUUCAUAUAUCAUGUUUUGAGCCAGGAAACAACUAAAGUAUCAUGGGACUUGAAUCAACAAGGGAUUGUAAAAACAAUAGAGACGGAUAAUGGUGAAAUAAUCGACUGUAUUGAUAUCUAUAAACAACCAUCGUUGGCCAAUUCUCUAAUAACAGAUUUACAGAUGGAACCAAGUUACUAUCCUUUUGGAAACAAUUUCGAUUCAAAUUUGACAAUUGAAAUGCUUCAAGAUUGGCACAAAGAUGGAGAAUGUCCGGAAUCUACCAUCCCCUAUUCUGUAGUAACUAACGAAGGAUCUUCUUACUACAGAGCUAGUGGAGUGUUUAAUUUAUGGAAUCCUAAGACGGAAGAUAACGAGUUUAGCUUGUCCCAAAUAUGGGUUGUUACAAGUUACGAUAAGUUGGAUGGAUGGUUAAUCCAAUGA